CAUAUCAACCCCACAACUUCACACUUCACACUUCACAGAAACCAGGACCAAGGCCCAGGAAGAAGAAACCCAAUACACAGCUUGCAUGGCUGCUCCAGCUGUCGAAAACGCCGCCGUUUCGGCUCUCCGGUCGGUCAUGCUCCGAUUCCGGCAGGCUGCCGAGCGGUCGGGUCGGAAUCCGGGUCAGGUGAGGGUAGUAGCGGUGUCGAAGACUAAGCCCGUUUCUCUCAUCCGCCAAGUGUACGACGCCGGCCACCGUCGUUUUGGCGAGAAUUACGUCCAGGAAAUCCUAGACAAAGCUCCUCAGCUUCCCGAAGACAUAGAAUGGCAUUUUGUUGGGCAUUUGCAGAGCAACAAAGCGAAAUUGCUUCUGGCUGGAGUCCCGAAUCUGGCCUUGGUUGAGGGCGUAGACAAUGAGAAGAUUGCAAACCAUCUUGAUCGAGCAGUGUCAAACCUUGGUAGAAAUCCUUUAAAGGUUUUGGUCCAAGUAAAUACCAGUGGAGAAGUAUCCAAAUCUGGUAUCGAUCCUUCUGGUUGUGUUGAACUUGCAAAACAUGUCAAAUUUCAGUGCCCAAGUCUAGAGUUUUCUGGCUUAAUGACAAUAGGGAUGCCAGACUAUACAUCAACUCCAGAAAACUUCAGGAUGCUAUCUGAGUGUAGAGCUCAGGUCUGCAAGGCACUUGAUAUGGCAGAGGAGCACUGUGAGCUAUCAAUGGGCAUGUCUGGUGACUUUGAACAAGCGAUUGAAAUGGGCAGCACCAAUGUCAGAAUUGGAUCCACCAUAUUCGGGCCAAGGGAUUAUGCUAAGAAGCAACCAGAUUAGUAUCUUCCAACCCCUGCCCUUCAUGCCUUUAUGUGUUUCUAUGUGUUUAUUGAUCCUGGCAAAGCUUGUAUCCCUCUUUUUCAGUUGUAUGGUGUAACAAUCAUUAACUAUCAUUCUGCUCAUCAUAUGCAGCACCUCACCUUUAUUGUAAUCAAAUCAUGUACCACAAAAUCUUUCAUGUAUUGCUAUAUUUGUUAUGAAGUCUUUCUUACAGAGCCUA